CGAAAUAGUCGAGUCUGCAAAGCGAAAGCCAAUCGAGUGGACGUCCAUCUCCAAAGUCGAGUUGGUUUUGCUCCGGGACAAUUUUAUUAGUUGGAAUCCGCGACCAUAUUUAUUUUCUACUUCCUUUGCUACGCUAGAUCAAGUAAAUUGCAUUAGAAAUCGGAUAAUUAAUAUCCCGAGAGUGUGCGAAUCUGCAUGAGGAGAUGUCGGGAGUGAUUCUUCCAGCAGUUGUCUAGUGAAGCAGUGAAAAAUUUGGUGUUCGACAUACAGAAAAAAAAGCAUCCAUCUAGGGAGGAGAAAAGGAAGUGAACCUUUUGGGGAAUUUUUUGCGUCUGGCAUCUCCCAUUUCACAGACGAAACAAGCCGGGCAGAGCUGGAAAAAUUGUUUAAAAAGAAGAGAUUUUUCGUAUUGGAUAGAGGCCAGCGUUGUGGGCCACGGAUUACUUCUGAAUCCGGAAGUAACGGGUUUGGGUUUGGUUGAAGUUUUUAUUCGCUCCAGACACGGGCGAUUUGCGGUGAAGAAGAAAAAGAAAAGUUGCUCCUGAUACUGGUGCCGGAGUCGGGCAAGGGAGAAGUUGAAUUCUGUGUGUGUAGUAUUUCGGUGUGAGUUGGUACGCUGAGAAGCAGAAGAGAAAGAAGUCUUGAAGGAAGUGAAGAUUGUGAAGUAAAAUAUUGUUGAAAAGAAAAAUCACGGAUUAUAUCUAGGUAUCUGUAUUCUGAGACGAAAAGGUUUAACGAAACCAAGCAAACAAGGUUUUGGUGAAAAGGUGUGUAACGGAAGCUUCCGGGGAAAGAGUCUGGAAUGCAGGCGACCCGUCUGGGGCGCUGAAGUUUCUCUCGUUCAUUCGAAGGCAUUCGUGCUAGAGAAAAGAUAGCAUUGCGCCAUCUGCCAAAAAUGGGAGCCCAGCAGGUGAAGGAGCGUUCCUCCGGUGGUGGUGUUGGUGGUGGGGGUGUAGGCGGAGGAACUAGUUCCUCUUUGGGAGCCGGUAGCUCGAUUCGUUCCAGCCGGAACAAAUCUCGUGUCCCGAAAGACUCUCGCAUUCUCGGAUCGAACAUCUUCACAGAACAUAGUGAAGCGUUGCUACAAUCUCGUCCAUUGCCACACAUCCCACCGCCCGGCAGUAUCAUCCCUGGUGAUCUACUUGCUCAAAGCCAAGAUGGCUCGGAAAAUCACACCGGAACGCUCCACUCACAGGGCAGCUCAAAUACCGCUCAAUCUAGCUUCGAAAAUGCCCAUCGGUGGACAUCUAAAGAGAACCUGUUGGCGCCCGGUCCGGAAGAGGACGACCCACAGCUGUUUGUAGCAUUGUACGACUUUAAAGCAGGUGGUGAAAACCAAUUAAGCUUACGAAAGGGGGAGCAAGUACGAAUAUUGUCCUAUAAUAAAUCCGGUGAAUGGUGCGAGGCACAUUCCGACUCGGGCCAUGUCGGAUGGGUACCCUCAAACUAUGUGACGCCGCUGAAUUCCCUAGAAAAGCACUCCUGGUAUCACGGGCCAAUUUCGCGCAAUGCUGCUGAAUAUUUGCUAAGUUCCGGCAUCAACGGAAGCUUCCUGGUGCGAGAAAGCGAAAGCUCUCCCGGGCAACGUAGUAUAAGUUUACGAUAUGAUGGACGAGUCUAUCACUACAGGAUAUCGGAGGAUUCCGAUGGCAAAGUGUACGUAACCGCAGAGGCUAAAUUUAACACACUUGCUGAACUAGUGCACCAUCACAGUGUUUUGCAUGAGGGUCACGGACUGAUAACGCCACUGCUCUAUCCAGCGCCAAAGCAGAACAAACCAACCGUGUUCCCCCUGAGCCCUGAGCCGGACGAGUGGGAAAUCUGUCGAACAGACAUAGUGAUGAAACAUAAGCUGGGUGGUGGACAGUAUGGGGAGGUGUAUGAGGCUGUGUGGAAACGGUACGGAAAUACGGUGGCGGUAAAGACACUGAAGGAGGAUACGAUGGCACUAAAAGAUUUCCUAGAAGAGGCUGCUAUUAUGAAGGAAAUGAAACAUCCGAACUUGGUGCAACUGAUAGGCGUAUGUACCCGAGAACCACCAUUCUAUAUCAUCACCGAAUUCAUGAGCCAUGGCAAUCUGCUAGACUUCCUUCGCUCGGCUGGCCGAGAAACGUUGGAUGCCGUGGCGCUACUGUAUAUGGCCACCCAGAUUGCCUCCGGUAUGAGCUAUCUGGAAAGCCGAAACUUUAUUCAUCGUGAUUUGGCGGCAAGAAAUUGUCUCGUAGGCGAUAACAACCUCGUAAAGGUGGCCGAUUUCGGGCUGGCCCGACUAAUGCGAGAUGAUACUUAUACGGCUCAUGCCGGUGCCAAGUUUCCUAUCAAAUGGACUGCCCCGGAAGGUUUAGCGUAUAACAAAUUCAGUACCAAGUCGGACGUUUGGGCGUUUGGUGUGCUGCUGUGGGAGAUUGCAACGUACGGCAUGUCGCCAUAUCCCGGUAUAGAUCUAACGGAAGUGUUUCACCGGCUAGAAUCUGGCUAUCGGAUGGAACGGCCACCUGGGUGCCCCCCGGAGGUGUACGAACUGAUGAGGAAAUGCUGGCAAUGGAACGCUCAGGAUAGACCAACCUUCAAGAGCAUACACCACGACUUAGAGCACAUGUUUCAGGAAUCAUCUAUCACUGAAGCGGUAGAAAAACAGCUACAAGGUGCUGCACAACCCGUUCAACUUACUCCUCAAAUGGGCAAGAAGCCACAGAUGGGUACUCAGCAAGCACCUCAGCAUGAACCAGUCAUCACUCCAAUUUCGGAUGCUGGUUCCAAUUCAAAGCUUAGUACAUUUUCGAUUAAACCAGCUACACCAGGGGUACAAAUGCGAAGAACGACCAACAAACGUGGAAAAACGGCGCCAGCACCACCCAAACGAACCAGCUUACUCUCUUCUAGUCGUGAUUCAACGUACCGGGACGAGGACAGCGGCAAGACCGGCGAAGGAGACCAGAAUACAAACGGUAUAAUACCAAUCACUAAAUCGUCUUCUUGCAGUAGUUUCCUUAUCGAUAAGCUGUUUCGAGGUUUUUCCCGGGAUCUCGCCAACCUGGUUAAUCGAACGACAGAUUCGGAAAACGAACAAACGGAAAUUACGCCGGAUACCGAUACCGAUAGCCAGGAACCAUGUGGAAAUUUCCAAAAGUCAUCUUCUCAGCAAAGUUCCUUCAAACGUGUCCCUAUCAUGGGAAAUCGGGGUUUAGAAACACGUAGCAGUAAACGUUUACCACAGGGAGCACCUCGGAAGGAUUUAUCUGGUCCAGUGGUCAGUGGUCAACCGCCGUCUGGGAUGACGGUGAAUGCAGCCGGACAACCAGUCGUCGGUGCGUUGGAGGUUCAGAAUGUGAAGAAGGCAAUCAAUCGAUAUGGAACCUUACCGAAAGGAGCAAGAAUUGGAGCGUAUUUAGAAUCUCUUCGGCAAACUGAUGGUACCACUGGUGGUAGUCAACAAGUUCCACAGCAAAUUCAAACUAAUUCAGUUCCUCCUGAUCCUCCACCACCUAUGGCUGCGGCCAAUGUAAUUUCUAACAGUUUACUAGCUGCACAGCGAUCGGCAGUCAAAAUCCAACAACAUCAACAACAGCCACAGAUGAUUCGUAGCAACUCUUCCAGUGGCGUUACAAUGGCCAAUUCGGCAACUGCUAGUCUUUCGAAAUUACAACGACACAGGACCACAACCGACGGCUCUAUGAUGACGUUUUCUUCAUUCCGAGGUACGGUAGGAAAUAACAGUCCUAAACGAUCAAUGCCACCUACGCUUGCAGAUUUGGAAUUUCCACCUCCGCCAGUGGAUCUGCCUCCUCCACCUGAAGAGUUCGAGGUUCACCAUCAUCCCGGUCCUCCAAUGGAAAAACUAAUGAAACCAUCAAAUGACGUUUCCAACACUGAACCAAGUGUCGAAGAAGCUAGUUCUAGGUUUGGCGUAAGUCUCCGGAAGAGGGAACCAUCCACCGAUUCGUGUAGUUCACUCGGUAGUCCGGCCGAUGCUAUGGUACAUAAUAGCAAUGAACCGUCCGUACCAAUUCCACCGCCACCAAGCUUAAAAGAAAAGCUUGAAUCGAAGUUCGCAGUUGAAAUCAAAGAAAAAGCAAGUGUGCCAAAGCCAGCUACAAACGUCGACAGUAAUCAUAAGCCGUCAGCCGAUCCCGCAUCACAAUUAGUCAGUGAGCUAGCGGAAAGCAUGAAUCUACCGAAACCCCCUCCCCCACUGCCUCCGAGUGAUGUUGCGCCGCACUACAAGUCAUCAGAUGUAAGUUCGUUGCGGAAGACGAGGCCCGUCGAAAACAAUGGUUCAACUACGCAGCCUCCAUUCAAAGCACAACUUAAAAAAGUCGAUCCUAAACGAAUCCCGAACCAAAUUCCCAAGAAAGAGGAAACUAGCAACAUAAUCGACUUCAAAUCCCGGCUACGUAAAGUUGAAAGUAGCCCCGAAUCGACGACAUCUGUAAGCAAUGGCAUUAGCACAGGUGACUCUAGUGCGACGACCGGAAGUAGUGAUUCUAGCUUAGACAAUAAUAACAAACAUCAUUCUAAUAGUGUCAACAACAAUAACAGCAACAUUUUAAACAACAAUCAAUCCACCAACGAUCACUCGAGUGACAAUGAAGUUAAAGCUAGAAAGAGCGAACUGCGGAAUGGGACGAGCAAAAAUGGUACUGCUUCGGAUUCGACAAAUAAGCUGCUUCUGGAAAACAAUGAAUUAAACAAUUUGAAGCUGAAGAAGGCUUCCCCUUCUGUUGUCACGAGUGUGGCACCAAUCGAUAGCAAUAAGAUUAUAGAGUUGAAAAAGACUGAAAUAAAAAUUGAACUUAGUCAGGAGGAUAAGAAACGGGAGAGCUUGGAAUGUAAUUCGCUAAAACCAGAGGGAACUAUAAUCGCAGGAGAUAACCUAUCCACUGGUAGCGGAGGUACUGGCGACGAAGGAGAUAAACGAAAAAGUACUGGUAGCAUUAGCAGUCUGAAGAAAUUAUGGGAAGCAAAAGAAUCGCCAAACGAUCAAAGCUCUCAACUGAGUCCCAAGCUUGGGGUGAAAAGUGCGGCUAAUCUCAAGUUGAAUAACAAUCCCGAUGACGAAAUCAGUGCCGUUAAUAAUGCCAGUACAACUGUGACCUCGACAACGAAUAGUAAUACCACCCAGCACGAUGACCAUCAACAUCUACCGCAACAGGUUCUCGCGAAAAAGCCUGCGGUUCCGAUCAAACCUUCUAAAUUUUCAUCAAUAUAUGCCACUCCCGUGCAAACUCAAGCUCCCAGUCCUGCAGCAAUUAAUUCAUCUAAUAACGCCACCACCGCCACAACCACCACCACAUCCAAGUCAAACGAUAGCAAUAGUUCUCUCCUCUCUGAAAAAUCGUCUGCUUCUUCGUCCUCCGCCCCUUCAUCAACUGCCAGUCGAGAGGGCAUCCUCGAGUUGGUGCAGCUGCUAGAGGGCAGUCUUAAGCACCCGGUGAAUUCAAUAUCUGCUUCGCAAUGGCUACAGCUGAGCGAACGGCUGAAUUCGCUGCAGUCCAGCUGCGUAACAUUUGCCGAUAAUGAAACGCUACCACCGCAUACCAAGUUUCACUUCCGGGAACUAGUCACCCGGGUCGAGAACCAAUCGCGAUCGCUUCGUUCGGCCGGCAGCAAAAACGUGCAGGACAACGAAAAACUGGUGCUAGAAGUUGGUCAAUCACUGAAGCAAAUUUCGAACGCGCUGCACAGGGACACUAGAAGCAGUCAUCAGCUGCCCAUUAUGACCAUUAGCUAGGAGAGGUGUAACUGUGUGUUUGGCGGUGAUUGGCCAAUCAACAACAUCAGAUGAAUAUUUGUAAUUACUAUCCUCAUUACGAGCAGUAUCACAUCAUACAGGUAUUAGUUGUCAUUGGCUAGAGACGUGAAGCGAUUUUCCGGUUGGAAUAUUUUGAAUAUGCAUCGUGUGCUUGAAAAUUUAAAACUUUGCUUACUCAGAACUAUCACUUAUCAAACCAGCGUGUUAGCUAUUGUAAUAUAUCUUAAAUAACUAUGCAUGCUAUUGUACUCGAUUUUACGCAGCAUUUUCAACAAAAAAAAAUACCUUCAACAUGCGCCUGAGAUGGGUCACGCAAAUUUGAAAAUUGACUUCAUGUGAGGUGCCAUACUGUCUGAUAUUGCCUCGUAAGAAAGCCAUGCAAAAGUGAACCUUAAGUCAAAUUCAAAUUUACGUUAAUCCAUUCACGUUUCCAACUAAUCAAAUAGCGAACACAAUGUGAACUGACGGGUCAAGUAAGUGAAAAGCCAUUAUUGAAUCAUUGCUAUCGUCGAAAAAUGGUGAGAAAACAAUAUACACGUGUAAAAAUCAACAAUUAACGCUCAAUGAAAUUGCCAAAUACGAAGUGAACUAAUUUUAAUUGAUUUUAACUGAUGCGUCUGAUAGGUUUUAACCAAUUGAGUAUUGAAAGCAAGUAAGAAACAAAUGUCAAUGGUAAACAUCAGGACUGAGACAUUUUUAAAGAAUGAAUUUUUAAUUAAAAACAUUUUGAUUGUUUCAAUUUUAAAGCAUAGCUCGAUUUCAAACUGGGAUUGUACUGGGUUGAAAUAUAGUUUUUUUAGUAGCCAAGUCAAGUAAUACUUGAAAGCAUGAUGGCAGAUUAAUUAUGCUACAUUUUAAGCCAAAGAGCUUAAGACUUGUGUUUAAUUUUAAAACAAUUCAACGAUGAAACACUGAUUCAUGAUCUUAAGCAGUGUUAUCAGUGUAUAUGAUAUAUUCACGUAAUUUUUUCUCAUUAACUGAAUGAAACAUGCAAGGUACGUAGUAGCGAUACCUCGAAGCGAAAAUCUAAUUCAAUCGUGCGUAACUUAAGUUAUUUAAAAAAAAAACUAUCUCUAAUGGUAACAGUAAAAUGCUAGUCGUAAACAUUUAUACAUUAUCAAUAAUAGUGUUAACUUAAACCAUAAAAGUAAACAAAGGAAUAUUACUCACGUGAUGACCUCCCGUGAUAGGAUGAAAGUGGCAGUUUCGACUGAAAUCGACGUUAAAGCGAGAGUGUACUUGCAAAUCGAACAUAUUUUUCCGAUUAACAAUCCAAACACUGAGUAAAUAUUCAUAGGCUUUGAGUAUUAGCGUCUCUCUAGGAAUUUACCAAAAUAAUCAAAUGGUGGAAAAAUCAAACGAAAUUGAAAGCAAAAAUACAAUGCUACAAAGCGGAACGCGGAAAGUUUACUAUAUAUUUUUAGAUAAACCGAUAUGAUAAUAGCAUUCAUAAUCAUACACCUUCGUAACAUUCAUACACUCGUACAUACAGAAAGCGUACAUAAAGAUAUUAUUAAAUAUUAAACAAGGUGAAUCAAAAUGAAGGAACACGUGGCGACAGGCAAGAUUGCAUGAUAAUAAGCGAAUAUGAUUACUCAAUGGAAAAAAGGAUAUAAGUGUAGUAGUGACUUUAUUAAAGUAUGUGAACAUAUUAUCAAACUAGUAACGAAACGUAAAACCCAAGUGAAAAAGCGUGAUAUGGUAACACAAAAAUAUAUACACCCACUUAUAAGACAAGCAAAUAAACAGAUAAAACCACAUACAACACUAAGAUACGGAAGAAUGCAUGAUUAUAAACGCAUGAAAAAUCGUCAACUUACAGUAAAAGAAAAAAAGAA